AUGGCUUUGGGCACAUUCUGGAAGAAGUUGUCGAGGACAAAACUCGCAAUAUUCAUACAGACAUUCAGUUUGAUUGCCAUAUUUUUUGAGGGAUAUGACCAAGGAGUGAUGGGAGGUGUGAAUGCUAGUCCCAACUAUGUGACAGAAGUUGGCAUUGGUCUCCCUGAUGGAACAGUCACAAACACUUUCCAUCAAGGCGGUAUUGUAUCCAUAUACUACCUUGGCGCAAUUGUGGGAGCUUUUGGUGGUGGCUGGGUUGCAGAUAGAGUUGGGCGUAUUAAUGGCGUCUUCUUUGCUGCUAUCUUCGCUCUCAUCGGUGGUGCUCUACAGUCUGCUACUCAGUCCUCUGACUUCAUACUGGUCGCUCGAGUUGUCACUGGACUUGGGACAGGUGCACUUACUGCUAUUGUCCCCGUUUACAUUGCGGAGAUAUCCUCGGCCGGCCAUCGCGGAGGCUUCCUUGGAUAUGUGUUCAUCGCAAACUAUCUAGGAAUCAGUAUCGCAUACUGGCUUGAUUUUGGGCUUUCGUUUGUGGAUAAUGGCAUGUCUGCAGUCAGGUGGCGCUUCCUCCUGGCUUUCCAGUGCUUUCCAGCACUCCUUUUGCUUGCUGGGAUCAAAUUCCUUCCCGAUUCUCCUCGAUAUUUGGCUUCAGUCGGCAAGUUUGAAGAAGCCAAAGAGGUGCUUGAGCACGUACGAGGGAACACUGGACCUGAAGUUGACAAAGAAUUUCUCGAGAUUUGUGCUGUUGCUGAAGGAACGAAGCCCAGUUCGCCUACACAGUUCAUCAAAGUCCUCCUGGGACGUGCUACAAAUGGAGCGCAUCUUGGUAGACGUGCAUGGCUUUGCCUUUGGCUGCAGAUUAUGGCUUCUUGGACUGGAAUAACUGCAGUCACAGCAUACUCUCCCGUCCUUUUAAAGCAAGCUGGCUACGGCACCAUCAAGCAAGCCGGCUUGGCUGGAGGAAUCAACACAAUCGGCAUAAUCGGUACUAUCAUCAGUGCUCAAAUUGUCGACAAACUUGGACGUAGGCGAUGCUUGAUGGGCGGUGCACUUGGUCUCUUCAUCGUCAACUUGAUCGCAGCCUCCGUAUACGAGGGAUCACUCCACGACCCUUCCAAGGCAUCCUCCUUUGCCCCUGCAGCCGUCGCCAUGUUGUUUCUUUUCAACUUAAUCUACGCUGCUACAUGGGGCACUGUCGCUUUCCUGAUUCCAACCGAGAUAUUCCCCUCAGAAAUGAGAGCGCAAGGUAAUGGAUUUGGCAUCACUGGAUGGGCAAUUGGAGUAGGAUGGACGACCCUUGUUAAUCCCGUCAUGUUCGCUAAUUUGGCGUCGCGGACCUACUUCCUCUUCGCUGGCCUCAAUCUUCUCUGGAUCCCGAUCGUCUUUUUCUUUUACCCCGAGACGGCGAAUCGCUCACUCGAAUCAAUCGAGGCCAUGUUCGCGAUGAGAAGUCCACUGUAUUCCAAGAUGGAGCAGGCAUACAGAGCACAGGGUGAUGUAUUGGCCACGCACCACAUGUCAUUGUCAAGUCCUCAGGCUCAGGUGGGCAAGAAGAUGGGUGGUGAGCAUGAUCAAGACUCGUUUGAGCAUUCUGAGAAAGCGUCUGAAAAUGUUUAG